UUCAUUCACAGAAGUAACCCUAGUUUGGUCUCUAUCUUGUGCACAAAAAAUAACAUAAAAUUUGGUCUCUACUCUCACUCCAGUCUAAGCCGAGAGAAACAAUGGCUCCUCCACAGAAGUUCUUUCUUGCCGCCGCCAUUGUCACAGCGGUCUUUGUAGCCGCCACCACCGGGCAUGGAACUAACAAUGCUGCGGAAGAUAUCGUGCACUCCUCCUGCGUGCACGCGAGCUAUCCAUUGCUAUGUGUCCGUACGCUCUCUACUUACUCCGGUCCAACCAUCAAAAACCGUCGUGAGCUAGCUCAAGCAGCCGUCAAGGUAAGCCUCUCCCACGCUCAAGACGCUGCCAAAAAACUCGCGGGGGUACGAGAAACCGUGGGGAAGAAACGCGUGAAAGCGGCUGUUGUGGACUGCGUGGAGAUGAUUGGAGACUCGGUGGACGAGCUGAGCCGUACGCUAAAGGUUUUGAAGCAUCUUAAAGCUUCGGGCGGUUCGGCUAUCGAGUUCAGGUGGCAGAUGAGCAACGCUCAGACGUGGACGAGUGCAGCGUUGACUGAUGAUGACACGUGUCUCGAUGGGUUUCAAGGGAUCGACGGUGAGAUUAAAUCAGAGGUGAAGCAGUGGAUGACGAAAGUGGCGAGAGUUACGAGCAACGCGCUUUACUUGAUUAACCAGCUAGAUGAGAAAAGUGACAAGCCCCACGUUGUACGUUCUUGAUGUUAGAAUGUGUGUUGUAGUAAUGGUUGAUUGUGGUUUGUGUUAGUUUUUAUUUGGGUGUGUUUAAUUGCAAGUUAUCUACUAUAUAAAGAGUUUUUGAAGUUAGAGUAAUUUUUAGUAGUUCUAUAACUGUAAACUAAAUAA